AUGUUUUAUGUUUGUGAAAUGGCUCAGACACUGAUGUUGGCGCCAUUGGUGCUUUUAGUGUUAGGGACUGUUGAUGGUCAACGCUAUUACAACAACUACCUGGGUCGAAAUUUGUACGAACAUGGACGAUCCAUCUCUGAUAACCUGGUAAGGUGCGGGCCUCACACUUGCGGUGUGGGAGCACACUGUAUCCACGGUGCUGUGAGGCCUGUCUGCGCCUGCCUACCGGGCUACUCUGGAGACGCUCUCUCUACGUGCGUGAAGAUCGAGUGCGUUGACAACAGUGAGUGCCGUUCUACCCAGACUUGUGUAAACCAACACUGCGUAGAUCCCUGCGUCGGUACUUGUGGAACAAACGCUAACUGUGAUGUCCGAAACCACGUUCCGGUGUGCUCUUGUCCCCCAGGAUAUACUGGCACUCCUUUCAGCUCUUGCAGAGUCGCUGACCCAGAGGAGCCAUGUCACCCGUCUCCCUGCGGCGCUAAUACCCAGUGUCACGUAGCCAACAACCAAGCUAUUUGUACCUGUAUUCCUGGAUACAAGGGCAGUCCCUUGGUGGGUUGCCGUCACGAGUGCGAUUCAGAUGGCGAUUGUCCUACUACUCAGUCGUGUCGUGACUUCAAGUGCGCCAGUCCCUGCAGUGACUGUGGCCUCAACGCUGACUGCGAGACGGUCGCUGCUCACCGUGCUGUCUGCAAGUGCCCAAGAGGAUACUUUGGGGACCCCUACCGUGCCUGUACCGCCGAAUGUACAUCCGACGCUGAGUGUCCAAGCUACAAGCCCGCUUGCCUCUACAACGCAUGUGUGGAUCCUUGCAUCAAUGCUUGUGGUGUUAACGCUGAAUGUCACCUCCGUGGCCUGACUCCUGUAUGCUCCUGCCCAAGAAAUAUGACUGGAGAUCCCUUUACUUAUUGUAGACCUUUCGAAGCCCGCGAUCUCUGCGAACCAAAUCCUUGUGGUGUCAAUGCAAAAUGUACACCUGGACAUGAUCGCACUGGUGCCGAGCGUCCCGUUUGUACCUGCCCCAGUGGAUAUAUAGGCAACGCUCUCGUCAAUUGUGAACGUGGUGAAUGCGAGUUGGACUCUCAGUGCGCUGAUCACUUGGCGUGUGUCGGCUACAACUGCGUGGAUCCCUGCCUCGGCAACUCACAGUGUGGUUCUGGAGCUGUUUGCAUGGCGCGUAGACAUCUUGCUGUCUGCACCUGCCCCAAUGGCCGUCAUGGUGAUGCUCUAAUCAAUUGCUACAACACUGAAUCAGUCGUCGCAACUGGCCGAUACUACAGAUUCAAGCGUAAUGGUAACUUCACAACCGAGGAGUCCGAGAUUCCUGCCGCGGUCACUGAAGUAAAAACUGAAAGCGCUCAACUCGAAAAGAAAAAAAGUACUGAACCCAAGAAGAAAGAAGAAUAG